GGCCUCUGAGUGUGGGAAAGCUAAUCCAGCCUGGUACACAUGGCUUUGUAAUGCUAAUGGCCUCCUAUAAAUAGGGGAGUGGGCUCCUAUCUCAGCUCACAACCUUCUCGCCUUCCUCAGAGAAGCACACUCUCUGUCUAACAGAAUGGCUCCUACCUACACCAGAGACUCUGACAACACCAUGCUCUCUACUAAAGACAAACAUAAACUAAGGAAACCAGUUGUGGAGAAGAUGCGUAGAGACCGCAUCAACACCUGCAUAGAGCAGCUCAAGACCCUGCUGGAGAGGGAGUUCCACAAACAGGACCCCAAUGCCAAGCUGGAGAAGGCUGACAUCCUGGAGAUGACGGUGGGGUUCCUGAAGCAGCAGCUGCAGCCUCAGCGCCCAGUCCUUCAGAGGGCCCACAGUGAGGGCUACUCCCAGUGCUGGAGGGAGACACUGCACUUCCUGUCUUCCAGCUCCAUGAAGGACAUGAUGCUCCAUAACCUCCAGAGAGCUGGACAGGACAUCUGUCUCUCCUCUCCACUCUCCUCCCAACACCAAAACCACAGCCAGGGCCCAGUGAAGCAGGCCAUCACAGGCCACAAAUCAGUCUGGAGGCCUUGGUAGAACCACUGCAUAGAGAGACUAUCUCACAAACUGGAUGGAUGUUUACCAUCUUUCUUGCUGUAGGAAAUACAUUUCCAAACGUUAUAUUGAAAUUAUAUUAUUUUCUUGUUAUAUUUGAAUGGAAUUCUACUGAUGUGAUUAUUUGUUCUCAGAGAAGGAGCUGAAAACAUAUUUGUAUUAAUUCAUAAUGAAGAAUAUGUUUGAUAUUUUACGUGUAUGUUUAUGUGUGUAUGCAUUUUGUGCUCACUUGAUGCACCAAUGUGUUCUUUAGUCCUUUCAUUUUCUAUGAAGAUGAUUUGUAAAGGUCAUAUCUUAACGUGUAUGGUUGCUUAGCUUACUCAAAUCUUGCUUUAACUCUAUUGUAUGUACUGUCCUAUUGAAGGACAUUUACAAAUGCUUUGAUAUGUCUUUUGUAAAGGCUUUUUGGGACAUUGUUGUUCCACCAUAGGCACUGUUGUGCUGUGAAAUGUAUUGUUGACACCGUGUGUCUUUCAUUCUCACUUGAUAAAGUGAACAGACACCUAAAAUGGAUUCCAAUAAAUGUUUUGGAAAGUAACCAAACUGUGUGUGUGUUUC